AUGACUAUAAAUUGUUGUGACUUAUGUAUAGCAGUAACUAUUUGUUCAAUAAUAACUAUUUUAUUAUAUAUCAUUUCUUGGUUAACAUAUGAAGAGAAAGAUGAGGAAAAUUUUAAAGAAUGUAGUACAUCAAAUAUGCAAGGUUUAGAUAAUGAACAACCAAUACCACGUGGUGAACUAAAUGAAAUACUUAAUUAUGAUUCUGAAAAAUAUAUUCUUACUCGUGAUCGUCAUUCAUCUGGUGAAAUAAUAUAUGAAAUAUCCGAUAUAUCUCGUUUACAAAAUGAAGAUUUACGUUUACGUAUUGCUAAACAUGAUUCAUUUAUAUCGAAUAAAUCUGCUACUGAUGUUGAAAGUGAACAUCAUAAUGAUUCAGUUGAAAAUGAUUUAAAAGUAUUUAAUAAACCUUCUGAUGAUAUUACUAUUGAAGAUCAAAAUGAUGAAUAUGAAUAUGAUCCAGUUGUACAUCCAGAUUCAAAACCUGGUCGUUUACAUUUAUCAAUUCGAUAUGAUAAUGAACGUAGUAAAUUAAUUGUUCAAAUACUUAAUGCUCAAGGUUUAAUAGAACCUGAACAAGUAUAUUCACGUGAAAUGUGUUUAAAAUUUACAUUAAUUGGACCAUAUAAUAAUGAAGAUGUUACAGAAAAACAUGUAAGAGUUAUAGUAGAAAAUGCACCUAUUAUAUGGAAAGAACCAAUGACAUUUUGUACUACAUUUGAGAAUGCUAUUAAACAUAAUUUAUAUAUUUAUGCAACUAAUAAUACUGAUCCAGUUGCACCUCGAGAUCGAGAAAUAUCAAUUCCAUUGAAUAAUCUUGAUAGUCAAGCUGGAGAAAUAAACGAAUGGUUUGAUUUGCAAUUUGUUCAAUCGUCAUAUUAA